UCGUCUUUAAAUGCUUUCUUUCUUCGCCGUCGUCUGCAGACGCCACAUCCGAACCCGGCAAAUCUCAGAUCCUAUGUUUUGAUUUGAGUGUUCACGAGAUUCUUGGAGAGAACUGGAGCCAAAUCUGGAAAUUUUUGCUAUUUUUCCUUAACUUGCAAGAUCAAUUGUUUCCCAACUCCCAAUUUUUUCAAUCAAUCUCAACUUAGACAUCGAGGAUUUAAGAUUUUUUUUCCCUAAUUCUCGCCAGUGUUUCUCCAAUAGUUCUUUCUCAAUCAUUGGAGAUUUUUUUUCCCUUCGAAUUCGUCGUGGAAUUGAGGGCAAAGGUCUAGUCAGACAAAUCCAAACGACGGCGGAAAUGACGAUUCAAUCGGUGCCUGGAAGUUCCGGUUACUUGGACUUGUUCCCAGAGAGAAGGAUGUCGUACUUUGGGAAUUCUUAUGUUCUGGGUUUGACUGUGAUUGCUGGGAUUGGAGGCCUUCUCUUUGGCUAUGACACAGGUGUGAUUUCUGGUGCCCUUUUGUACAUAAAGGAUGAGUUUGAGGUCGUUAACCAAAGUAGUUUCCUACAGGAAACGAUUGUUAGUAUGGCUUUGGUCGGUGCCAUGAUCGGGGCUGCAUCAGGGGGUUGGAUCAAUGACGCUUAUGGUCGGAAAAAGGCCACGCUCCUUGCUGAUAUCGUCUUCGCGGCCGGAGCAGUCGUGAUGGCAGCUGCUCCAGAUCCGUAUGUCCUAAUACUAGGUCGUCUCCUGGUCGGGUUAGGAGUGGGUGUUGCCUCUGUCACAGCACCUGUUUAUAUAGCUGAAGCAUCCCCUUCCGAAGUGAGGGGUGGACUUGUCAGCACAAACGUGUUGAUGAUCACUGGUGGACAGUUUCUUUCCUACCUCGUAAAUCUUGCUUUCACUCAGGUUCCGGGAACGUGGAGGUGGAUGCUUGGAGUUUCAGGGGUUCCGGCUGUAAUCCAAUUCUGUCUGACGCUUUGCAUGCCCGAGUCCCCUCGUUGGCUCUUCAUGAAGGAUCGUAAAUCGGAAGCCAUCCAAACCCUAGCCAGAAUUUAUGACAUUGCUCGGCUAGAAGAUGAGAUUGAUCAUCUUUCUGCAUCUAUAGAGGAAGAACAGCUCAAAAAGAAUACCGUUAGUUACUUGGACGUUUUCAGGAAAAAGGAAAUCAGGCUCGCAUUUCUUGCCGGAGCAGGACUUCAGGCGUUUCAGCAAUUCACCGGUAUCAACACGGUGAUGUACUACAGCCCCACGAUAGUCCAAAUGGCGGGUUUCCACUCAAACCAGCUCGCUCUAUUCCUCUCUCUCAUCGUUGCCGCCAUGAACGCUGCAGGAACAGUGGUCGGAAUCUACUUCAUUGAUCACUUUGGACGGAAAAAGCUAGCUCUCUCGAGUUUGGCCGGUGUGAUCAUUUCUCUCAUCAUCCUCGCAAUCUCUUUCUUCCAACAAUCGUCGGGCGGCGGAAUCUACGGCUGGCUUGCGGUCAUAGGCCUAGCUCUAUACAUUGCCUUCUUCGCGCCGGGAAUGGGACCUGUCCCAUGGACAGUGAACUCGGAGAUAUACCCGGAACAAUACCGCGGCAUAUGCGGAGGCAUGUCCGCAACGGUGAACUGGGUCAGCAACCUGAUCGUUGCUCAAACGUUUCUGUCCAUUGCAGAAACUGCAGGGACGGGAACAACGUUCUUGAUUCUCGCAGGGAUCGCGGUUCUAGCCGUGGUGUUCGUGGUCAUGUUCGUUCCCGAGACACAGGGUCUUACGUUCGUGGAAGUGGAGCAGAUAUGGAGGGAGAGGGCGUGGGGAAGGAGCGGUAAUGGCGGCGGGAGUAGUUUCAAUCUGCAGAGGCUUCUGGAGCAAGGAGCUCGGUCGUAGGGUUUUCAGACAGGAUUCUCCGUCAGGUUGUCUGGUUUUGUUGUUGUCGUUAGCUUCCAUAUACAGAUAUCUAUAUGGGUGUAAUGUCGUUGUAUCUGUUGAGAAUUAUCCAUGGAGGUAGCCUUCCUUUUCGCCAUUGUUGUUCGAACUACAGGAACAUGCAUGUUUCUCAUGCGCCAAGUUAUGUCUGUAAAUAAAGUGCUCGUGCCCCACACUCAGGGCUUCAGAUCCUU